GCCCCUCCUCUCCUGCCCCUCCUCUCCUGCGCCUCCUCUCCUGUGCCUCCUCUGCUGCGCCUCCUCUCCACUCGCUCAGUGAAACAGUGAAACUUCAUCCAGUUGGUGUUGCUCUCCGUUGGCGGGCCUUCAGAACCACACAAACUAGAGCGAGAACGGGUUCUUUGGACCGGGACUAAAAAAAGGGAAACUCUCAGCUCUUGUUGUUCACGAUGCUGGGAAACCGGAAGUGUUCUGUGGUGGACCAAACACUGAGCUGCUCCGAGAACAGAGAGGACACGAAGAAGAAGAAGAAGAAGAAGAAGUCGACGAAGAAGAAAAGUGAGAGAGUUUCCGCCUCGACAACUGAGUUCCCUAAACCCGUGUCUCUGCUGCCAAGCCUGACCCCUGGUGGUAAGAAAAGCAGAGAACGGAUCGGUGGCAGCAGCUGCAGGAAGAAGAAACUCUCUGAAACUCCACCUGACCUGCUGACACCAACAGACGGUGGCGCUGCAGCAGAGGGGGGGCAGUCCAGGGAGAGUCUGAGGUGGGAGGGGGUGUUGGAGGACAGGGAGGCGGAGGAGAGGAGGCUGGAGGUGUACAGAGCCAACAGGAGGAGGCGCUACGUCGCACACAGAGAGGCGGAGGACGGAGGAGGACGGAGGAGAGAAGGAACUGGAACUGAUUCUGGUCAAAGCUGUUUCAACACAGAUCAAAAGGAACUCAACUUUUAUUGACGUUCAUUUUCAGACACAGAUCAAAGGUCUUUGAUGCUGAACUAAAAAUCAAAGAGACACAUUAACGCUGCAGGAACCGAUACUACGAGUGACAGUCCUAGUUACCACACAAUCGGUACUACAGAUAUAGAGGCCACAAAUGGAAGUACCAGGGGCAGUUUUACCUCCCCCAGAACACUCCCUGUUUAUGAGGAGGGCAACAAAGGAAACCAGAGCCAUCAG